AUGAAUAUCUUAAUUCUCUUGUUGAAUAAUUCAUCCAAGAUUCAAUUCAAGAAAAGAAUUUUGCUUGUUCAUAACUCUCAAUAACAAAGGAAAAAGUACUAAAAUUUUAGAUUAAUAUGGUAAUAUUAAUAUAAUGAGAUUAUAAACUAUACAAAAUAACAAAAUGAGUACAAUGUGCAGAAAACGAGAACAAUGAGUGAACUCUAUAGAUAAAACUAUAAAGAUAUUGUGUUUAAAAUAAUUAACAGAUUAAAUCUUCAAAUUUAUUUUAUUGCCAAAGUUCUAUAUUAAGAAGUUAUAGAAUUUGGUAAAAAUACUUCAACUUUACCUUGUUAUUUAAUGAAGUAAAUUUAUGUAAAGAAAAUUAUUCAGGAGUAAUUGCUUUACUUAAAGAGUAAUUCUCAAAAACAUCUAAUAUUAAGUAAAUACUUAUUAAUAAUUAUCCAAAGAUAGGUAAUAUCAAAGAUCUUCAUCUAAUAGUAUUAAUCUUUUAUCAAUUCUUAAGCUAUUUUUAGAAUAAGAAAAUUAAGAUGAAAUAGUUAUAUCUGAUAAAAAAUCCACAGUUUUAGUUUGUUUAAAGCAAGUUUAUGUGAUUUACAUUGGGAAAAUUUUGAUGUGAGUUAUUGAAAUUUCAAUUAAGCAAACUUAACAAAUUCUAAAUUAGAUAAAAUAACAGGAAUAGAAGAACAUUAAAUAGUUAGAGAAAAUGGAAUUAUAUUGUUAGUAUUGGAGGAAAAGAGUAGUAUUUUUGGACUAAAAAAUCAGAAGCUAUAUCUAAUUGGAAUAUCAAUAAAAUUCUAGAAAUAUGCAAUUCUAAUAAUAGUUAAAUUAAAAGGAAUUAAUUUGAUAAAUAUAACUAUAUCAGCUUUUUAAGGGAUAAUUCAAUAAUUUCUGUUUCGAUCGAAUAAAAUCAAUAGGAUUAAAAUAAUUCAAUAAAUUCAUAAAUUAUGAUUAUAGAUUAUGAUAAAGUUGAACUAAUAAGCAAAUUGACAAAUGAUCAUAAUUGUAAUUCCAUUUGUUUCUUGACCUCAAAAGAAAUAUUAUGUUAACAUUUUCAAAUUCUUACUUGA